AUGGAUCCCAGGGACAAUAACGCUAUCGCUAGAGGGAGUAGCAGUGAGGGAAUUGCCCAUGAGGGUGGUAGUGAUUCUACAAUGGUGCUUCGGGACUUCGCCCAACUCUUUAUGGCUGAGGUUAUGCAGAGUUUUCGGGUUCACUCUCCUGAAGCCUCCUACCUUCGCGGGAAGUACCGACUUGAUUCUUGCGGAGAAUUGGAUUUAGGAAAUCGAAAAGAUCUUGGCUGUAUUGCGAUUACUAAUGAGAAGAAGGUGCUCUAUGCCACAUUUAAGCUGACUGGAGAGGUCGAGAGAUGGAAAGCAAAGGCAAAGAAGUUCCUGAACCUAACUCGGGGACAGCUGACUAUUCAGCAGUACACCGCCCGAUUUGUGGAGUUAUCACGUUUUGCUUCCUAUAUGGUACCUGACGAGUUCACAAAGGCUUGGAAGUUCGAGAGGGGUCUAAGGCAGGAUAUUUUAAAGCAAGUGGCUGUCUUGCAGGUGCAAGUUUUUUCUACACUGGUGGAUAAGGCCACUGUGGCAGAGACGAGUCUACAGGGAGAUAUGGAGGUUUAG